CUCCGCCUCACGUUUCGUUUCCGUUUCUUUCCAUCCCCCCUUCCUUCCUUCCUCCACCCACCUCCUCCCCCCCUCCCCUCUCCGGCGCGCCCUCCCUCCCCCACCGGCGAAUCCGCAACCGAAUCGAAUCCCAGGAUCCGCGUCGGCGGGCGGCGGCGGAGCCACAUGGCGCACCGGGUGGACAACGAGUACGACUACCUCUUCAAGAUCGUGCUCAUCGGCGACUCCGGCGUCGGCAAGUCCAACAUCCUCUCCCGCUUCACCCGCAACGAGUUCUGCCUCGAGUCCAAGUCCACCAUCGGCGUCGAGUUCGCCACCCGCACCCUCCAGGUAGAAGGCAAGACCAUUAAAGCUCAGAUAUGGGAUACUGCUGGCCAAGAGAGGUACCGUGCAAUCACAAGUGCUUACUACAGGGGAGCUGUGGGAGCUCUUUUGGUGUAUGACAUAACAAAGAAGCUAUCAUUUGAAAACAUCAAUAGGUGGCUUAGUGAGCUCCGUAACCAUGCUGACUCCAACAUUGUCAUCAUGAUGGUUGGAAACAAAUCCGACCUUAACCACCUGAGGUCAGUUCAAGAGGAAGAAGGGCAGGCAUUAGCAGAGAAGGAAGGGCUAUCCUUCCUUGAGACCUCGGCACUGGAAGCCUUGAACGUCGAGAAGGCGUUUCAGACUAUCCUUUCCGACAUCCAUCAGAUCAUAAGCAAGAAGGCGCUCGCUGCCCAGGAGGCUGCAGGAAGUGGACCUCCGACUCAAGGAACCACCAUCAAUGUUGCCGAUUCAUCUGGCAACACAAAGAAAGGGUGCUGUUCUACCUAGGUGCGAACAGAGAAGUGGUGAUUCUGCAAAAGGAUGCUCACAUGGAUCUUACGGCGCCCUAGGUGUCUAGGUGUUAGUUCGGUCCCUUUGACUCCUUUUGGCCUGUAAUUCUGGUGGGGUUGUAUUAAAGUUCAUACUGCUAGAAAGAAAUUAUCCUUGGUAGAUACCGUGUGUAGUUGCAAAUUUUUGGUAGAGACCAUUGUUUGUCAGUCAGACUUACUACAGUUUCAGAGCAUUAUCAUGUUUCCUUUCAGGUACAUGUUUGUCCUCCUAAGACAUUUGGUGCCCCGAAUUACCGGAGCAGGAACAAUGGGGGUAUAGAUAUAUAUCUCUUGUAUUUGUUAUAUG